UCCCCUUUGGACACAAGACGGCGCUUCGGCAUCCAUGGCGGCAUGUAAACAACUUUACGAGAGACUUAUUUGAGUACUUCGACUUUAUGAUAUACACCGUCUGGGACAUCGCAGACGAUGUGACACCCGUGGAUUAUGUCGGUAGAAGCUAAAGAACACUUUUGGAGGGAACACCAAGAUUCUUUGCGCCGAAUCAGGACCCAUUUAGUGAGUGGGAGGAAAAGCUCUGCCACCAAGUCCCGGACCCCGGUCUAUGGCCGGAGGUCACCGGCUGCCAGAAACACCCAUCCCCCGUAUGGCAAGUACAGGCGAGCCACACCCCCUAACUUACCUAGACUCGACACACCUCCAAAACAUGAAGAACGCCGGACUCACAGAAAUUUACGGAAAGGAAGAUACGAGGAAGUGCCGCCAGUAAAACCAAGGAAAGCUUUUGUCAAACCUCCUGAAUACGACAGCUGGGGAGAAGAAACUGACGAUGAUGAGGACGACCAACUUAAACCCCACCCUCUACCUUACCCCAUGUAUGCCCCGCCCUCUGUGGUCUACGGUCAGCCUUUCCCCAUGUACUACCCUCCCCCACCCAAAGGAGCGGGGCGGCACCAAAAGCGCAGAGACAAGAAGAAGUCUAACAGAGGGUAUAAGGACAUUCACAGAGAUAGGUUACGUCUCUCAGGGUCCACUUCCAAAAAGAAGGGCCGCAAGUCCCGUCGUGAUCCUGCCAGGAAUUCGGUACCUUUGAAUAACGGGUAUCCAGUCCCUUUGAAUAACGGUUAUCCAGUCCCCAUACACAGCUACCCGGGGCCCUUGAACGGGUACCCGGUGCCUAUGUUGAAUGCUUAUGUGAUGCCUGUACACACCGUACCAGAUGGAUCAGAUUCGGACGAUAGUGGCGAACACUCGGAGGAAGAACCACUACCCCGGCGAAGAGCCUACACCCCACCCAGAAGGUCGUACCAGUAUGCCCAACCACUACUGGACAUUGAGCUGGAAGAUGUCUCGGAUGAAACACACACAUUUUUCAUUAAACAUCCGCUGUUUGCUGAGGACUUUGUCAAUUGGUUUAUAACGGAUUGUUUAGAGGAGGAAUUUGUACCUGAUGUUUUAAUCGAUGCUCUUACGGAGGUUGACAAGUUGCCAGCGGAGCAUCCAUGGUUCAUGCCAGCGCUGCGAGCAUGUGACGACAUCCUUUCACGGGAGAUCGAAGAGAUGACGGAAGAGAUUGCUCGGGAAGCCAUGCUGGAGGAGGCUAGACCGUACACCAAGAUCAGCCUCCCCCUCACCCCCCUCACCCCCUACUACAUCCCCCCACCAGAUCCCCUGGAGCUGUUCCUGGAUGACGUCGUGGAGGCUGCGGUGACGGAGCAGUGCAGGGAGGUUGUGCGUGAGACGGUGCUGGAACUUGCCCACAACUACCUGGAGGAUGUCAUGGCAGACAACAUCCUGGAUGAACUACUCGCUGAGGAGGUCCAGGACAUGAGAAGCGAGCUGCUAGAGGAGGCUGUGUUUGACAUCAUAGCAGAGGACUUCUUAGAGGAGGAAGUGAUCGGUCCAGAGGUGGAGGACGAAGCUGUGGUUGUUGCCAAAGACAUCAUCCAACACUACGACAGCAAGAUCACACGGCGCGAGAUGAAGGCGGUGAAGGAGAAAGCUGGCGACAGGCUGGUGGAGUCUCUGUGUCUGGACUACCUCUUGACUCUCAUUUCUCGACAAGGCAAAGUCUGGACUGAGAGUGACUUCGCCAACAGAUUUGUUGAUGAAAUGAUGGGCAACAUCUUACUUCGGCAGUAUUUUGGAGUGAAAACAAAUCGCGACAAGACAAUUCAGUGCAAGCCCCUCCGUAAACUGCAUGAAAAGGUGGUAACAGAUGUGGCCCUGGAUGUGCUGCUGCAACAACUUUCCUCCUCGCUGGAUGAAGACCUCGCUGACGUUGAUGAAUAUGAGAGAGGGGUUAAUGAUGGUAUCGACUUGCCACAUGCACCAGCCAUUGUUAGGUGACAUGACUCCCGUCACUGGGCAAGAUGGUGAGAAUCCAAUCAACUCAGAAAAUCAAAGGACAAUUGUGUUGGAUGUCUGGUGCAGUGUUGUGACACAUUGACAUGAUUGUGCAAAAUGUCAGGGAAAUAUAAUAUAUGUGUUGGAUGGGGGUAGACAGACAGGUACAAGACAUUUUUUGGACAUUACAAACACCUUGUUGGAAAUCCUUGACAAAUAAGUUACUUACUUGGGUAAAAAUAUAGAUUUAACAAGUUGUACUUCAACUGGAUUUUCUGAAAAAAUAUGGAUGUGGAGUUGGACGAUUGUGCUUCAUAUUUACCUGCGUGUGAACACAAUGCUCAUUAUUUCAUCCACAAGGUUUGCCAUGCCUUAAUAUGAUUAUGUACCAGAAACCAUUUUCUUAUUAUUCCUUGAAACAACAUUUGCUUUACAUUCCUCCCCUUUCUUCCUCUCAUAUUCCUCUGCUCUUCUUUCCUUGCUCUUCUCUUCCCUUUCCUUUCAGAAAGAAGAACUGUUGCCUCUUAGCCAUCUACGAAAUAUAUCCUAGACAAGCUGUUACAGUUGCCUUUCACCCAUGUUCUGUCCUCACUGUGGUGCAGUUGGUGAGACCUUAUCUGGUAACCUUGCUGAAAUAUUGUGGGCACUUGUAGACCAGGGAAUCUAAACCAACACUCACGAGUAAGGGAACAAUCAAGACUGAACAGUUUGCCAAACCAAUGGUUAUUUGUAAAUAUAAGUUAUAUAUAUAUAUUAACGUAUCUGAUGUUUAUAAUGUAUGUACAUAUUGUGUCAGUGAUACUUCCAAUGUUAUUUUGAUGUGUGUAUGUUCAAAACAUCUCUCAGCACUGGCUUGCUGUCUUGAGUGAAAUGGGACAAGAAGAAAGAGUAGAAGUUGACCACAUAGAGAAUCUCAUCCAUUAAAAGUGGUCCGUACUGGUACCAAUGGCUGAACCACAAGAUUUGUGUGGGAAUGUUUUAACAUAGUGCUCCAGUGUUCGGCAGACCCAAGUCGCUCAUGUUGGUAAUAGAAAUGUCCCAAGAAACAUUUUAGUCCAAUGUUGUUUUUAAUCCUAUCUGCAGAAAGAACAUUGCCUGACAGCCAUCUUAAAGAAAACUUUCUUGAUGACAACCAAUACACAUUGUCCAAUGUAACGUAUAUUUCAGGAGGUAACUGUAAUUACUUUAGCCAUGUAUAAAAAAUGUGAUGAUG